CGGCUUGCUCCCCAUCUGAGCGCGAAACUGCAAGUUGGUCGAUACAUGUCGCAAGUCGCCCUCCGUCAGCUGGUCUUCUCUGACACAUUCCCUCCCUUUCUCUACUCUCUCCGUUCCUUCGCCACCAGCUACACCGCCCGCGUGGUCCGCGCAGACUCCUCCGGCCGUCAAAUCAUAGUCGAACUCGACCCCUCUAACCUCUCCUUAGACUCUCAUGGCUACCCCAUUCCCCGUCGAGACCUCAUCUGCCACAUCUGCAACCUUCUCCGUACCGCUCCCUCGCCCUCCACCGAUCCCCUUCUCGACGUCGCCGACUAUCUCCAAACCUUAACCUUAACCCUAAACCCCUCCGAAGUCAGCGAGAUUCUCAAAUCCCUCCGGCCCCUUCGAAAGGCCCUCGAGUUCUUCCGCUUCGUUAAGACGCUCCCUGAAUUCCGCCUUGACUGUUUCGCCUACAACCGUAUCCUUGCCAUUCUCGCCCGUUCGAGUGCUGAACAAGAUAUAAUUGGUGGGAUUGUGGAUGAAAUGGUGAAGGAGGGGGUUAAGGGGAAUAUAUCGACGGUGAAUAUCUUGAUCGGGGCUAUGGGGGGAACGGAAUAUGAUAGGUGUUUGGAACUUGCCAAGCAGUGGGAUUUGAGGUUCAAUGGAUACACAUAUAAGUGUUUGAUGCAAGCUUAUUUGAGGCAUCGGGAUGUGGAGCGGGCUUUUUCCUGAAAAAUUGAUGUUUUUUGUAUUAAUUUAACCAUUCUCCUACUGCUUACUGAAACUGAAUAAGAGGUUGAUCUGGGCAAUAGAGUUUUUGGAGACAUGAAGCAGAAGCACUGCGAACCAGAUCAUUACACAUACACAAUUCUCAUUAGAAUGUAUGGUAAAACAGGAAACAUAACUAAAUGUCUCUCUUUCUUUGAUGAGAUGGUAGGAAAGGGGCAUUCAUUAAAUCUUAUUGCACAUAAUACCAUGCUGGAGGCCCUUGCAAAAAAUAGAAUUGUUGACAAAGCAAUCCUUCUUUUCACAAUGAUGAUCAGAAGGGAUUGUCGGCCCAAUGAGUUUACUUACAGCAUUAUUUUGGAAAUGUUAGCUGCAGAAGGCCAACUACAUCGAUUGGACGAAGUUGUUGACGUGUCAACCAAGUACAUGAAUAAAUCAAUAUAUUCUUAUUUAGUUAAGGCACUAAGUAAAUCAGGUCAUGCAAGUGAGGCCCAUAGUUUGUUUUGUAGAAUGUGGAACUUCCAUGAUGAAGGAGAUAGAGAUGCUUUUGUGUCCAUGUUGGAAACUCUGUGCAAUGCUGGGAAGACAAUGGAGGCAAUCGAUCUGUUGAAUAAGAUUCAUGAAAAAGGAAUACCUACAGACACUAUGAUGUACAAUAUAGUGUUUUCAGCUCUUAGUAAAUUGAAACAAUUAUCAUAUAUUCAAACUCUGUAUGAAAAAAUGAGGGAUAGUGGGCCUUCCCCUGAUAUUUUUACGUACAAUAUUCUUCUUUCAAGUUUUGGCAAAGUUGGCCUGGUUGAGAAGGCUUUGGAACUUUUCGAGGAAAUGAAAUCCAGUGUUUGCAAACCUGAUGUCAUCAGUUAUAAUUCUUUGAUCAACUGUCUUGGGAAAAAUGGUGAUCUUGAUGAAGCCCAUAUUCGGUUCAAGGAAAUGCAAAAGAAGGGCUUAAAUCCUGAUGUUUUUACAUACAGCACCUUGAUUGAAUGUUUUGUAAAAACAAAUAAAGUUGAGAUGGCUUUUAACUUGUUUGAUGAAAUGCUAGCUGAGGGAUGCCACCCAAACAUUGUGACAUACAACAUCUUGCUUGACCUUUUGGAGCGAAAUGGGAAGGUGGUAGAAGCUUUUGAACUUUAUGAAACUCUGAAAGAACGGGGGCUAUUUCCUGACUCAAUAACAUACACAAUACUCGAGCGAUUAAAAUGCUCUUCACAUAGAACGGUCAGGUUACACAAACAGAGUCGUGUUAGCGGUUGGGUUGUUAAACCUUUUAAAUGAUUUGUCUAGUAUAAUGAUGAUGAAGGUCAACCCAUACAUCUACAAACCUUGAUGCAUGUUAACAGAAGUGUGCGAUUUUCGUUUGGCUUGUAAUUUAGUUAAAAUGGCUAGAUUUUAUGUGCCCAGCAAUAAAAGAGGAUGGAAAAAUAAGUAUCAAUGCACCCCAUGAGUGGAGGUACCCAGUCUCCGGACAGAGGCAACAAAUGUUGGUUGGCGGUGAUGGACAACUACAUGGCUGGCUGGUGGUGCCACCACCGACGGGCAGCCAACAAGGUUGGUGGGCAGAGGUUGUUGGGCAGCUAUAAGUGGCAGAAA